AUGCAAUUAUCAUCAGCAGUCUUUUUCGUGGCGUUAUUCUGUCUUACUCAAAUAUUGCAUGAAGAUAUUGUGGAACAUCAUUACUUGUUAUGUGAAUUUAUUCGAUCCGGUAUUUUGCGAUAUGUUGUGGAAUCAGUCUUAGAGAUUAACUUGACUGGUUGUGAAGCAAGGGACAUACGUUCGUUGGAGCAUUGUAAUAUUGUAUUGGUUUGUAUAGUUGUGUAUUCAAAAUUUUCAAAUAUGAAUUUCUUGGUGCGGAUGAAGCAGUAUUUUGAUGUAAAAUAAAG